AUGGACGCAACUACUCCAGCCCACACUGUUGGCGCAGAGACCUACCUAGGUCCCAUGUGGCCAGUCCCUUCUAACACCACCUCUCUGAGCCUCAACUUGUCCCUCCCGCUGCAGGAAGACACCCCGGGAAACCUCACUGGGGACCUCUCGGAGCACCAGCAGUACGUGAUCGCCCUCUUCCUCUCCUGCCUCUACACCAUCUUCCUCUUUCCCAUCGGCUUUGUGGGCAACAUCCUCAUCCUGGUGGUGAACAUCAGCUUCCGGGAGAAGAUGACCAUACCAGACCUGUACUUCAUCAACCUGGCGGCUGCCGACCUCAUCCUGGUGGCCGACUCACUGAUCGAGGUGUUCAACCUGGAUGAGCAGUACUACGACAUCGCGGUGCUCUGCACCUUCAUGUCCCUCUUCCUGCAGAUCAACAUGUACAGCAGUGUCUUCUUCCUCACCUGGAUGAGCUUCGACAGGUACCUGGCGCUGGCCAAGGCCAUGCGCUGCAGCUUGUUCCGCACCAAGCACCACGCCCGGCUCAGCUGUGGCCUCAUCUGGAUGGCCUCGGUGUCUGCCACACUGGUGCCCUUCACAGCCGUGCACCUGAGGCACACGGAAGAGGCCUGCUUCUGCUUUGCCGAUGUCAGAGAGGUACAGUGGCUGGAGGUCACACUGGGCUUCAUUGUGCCCUUCGCCAUCAUUGGCCUCUGCUACUCCCUCAUCGUGCGGGCCCUCAUCAGGGCCCACAGACACCGUGGCCUGCGCCCACGCAGGCAGAAAGCCCUGAGGAUGAUCUUUGCCGUGGUCCUCGUCUUCUUCAUCUGCUGGCUGCCAGAGAACGUGUUCAUCAGCGUCCACCUCCUGCAAUGGACGCAACCAGGGGACACUCCCUGCAAGCAGUCUUUCCGUCAUGCUUACCCCUUGACAGGCCACAUCGUCAACCUUGCAGCGUUCUCCAACAGCUGCUUGAACCCCCUCAUCUACAGCUUCCUCGGAGAGACCUUCAGGGACAAGCUGAGGCUGUAUGUGGAGCAGAAGACGAGCCUGCCAGCCCUGAACCGCUUCUGCCACGCCACGCUCAAGGCAGUCAUUCCCGACAGCACAGAGCAGUCAGAUGUCAAGUUCAGCAGUGCUGUGUGA